UUAGGGCGGGAUGCGAUGGACAUGUUUAAAUACUCUGUGGUGAAAAACGUUCUUUUCAAGCUUGAAGAGGAAACACAAACUGAAGCCAACAUGGUUGACUGGAGCGACAAGGAGCGCAGCGUGAUCACCAACCUCUUUUCCAACUUGGACAAUGAAGACAUCGGUGCCAAGGCCCUGUCCAGGUGCCUGAUCGUCAACGCCUCCAUUCGGAGUUAUUUCACUAGCUUUGGAGACCUCAGCAGCAACGAGGCCAUCGCAUCCAACCCCAAGGUUGCAGCGCACGGAGCGAAGAUCCUGCAGGAUCUGAGUCGCGCUGUCAAGAACGUCGGCAACGUGAGGGCAGCUUCCUCCGAGCUGAGUGCGCUGAACUCCGACAAACAGAGAGCGGAUUCCACCUAUUUCACGCUGUUUUCCGACAGUCUGUCAUUCGUCUUCGCGACCGAGAUGGGCAGCGGCUUCACCAUAGAGACCCAGGCCGCUUUCAAGAAGUUCAUGGCUGAGGUGCUGUCCGCUCUGGGAACAUACUACUACUAAAUCACCCACCUGGACACAGGAGAUCUGAAGUCUGUAGACACAUCUGACCAGACAAAAGAAAUAAAAGCUCACCAAAGCAAACUGACAUCUGCAUUUAUUAUACAUGUUGGGACAAAUUUUAGAAGUUAAAAGAUUGUUACUUUGUUUUGUGAAACCGGAAAAAAUGUUAAAUUUAAAAAAUGAUUUGUCACCAUCAUGUCCUUUAUUUAACCAGGAUUUAAAUCAUCAAAUGUUAAAAAUGGCAGUUAAAAUAAUGCUAAUUUAAUAAAUGUUUGAUUUAUACAUUGAAUCCGCCGAGGCUCACAAACAAUUUCUGCAAAUCAUUUUACCAACACUCAAAGCGUGUGUGGCUGAUUGCAUUAUACGCGCAGCUUCUGCAUUUACGCGUGGACCUUAAUGGCGCUCCUGGGUUCAGGAUUUUACUGACACAGUGAAACAGCUUAGCUAUGUUUUACAGUUACAAUAUAAAUAACAGUGGUCAAACAAUUCUGUUUUGGUUUUAAGUGACCAUAAAACAGAAGACCAGAAGUCUUCUUUGUCCAGAUGAGGACUUAAAAAGACCAAGCAGGGUUUUGUGAGUCGUGGCCUGGAGAAGUGUCGUCCCUCUGGUCUGCAUCAGUUGAACCCAGCAGUGUUCAGUGUCCAUUGGACUGACUGUCUUGUGAUGUUUCCACCAGCAGAGCCCAGAUUCGCUGGCCUUGGUGCUGAUUCUUUCUCACCUCUCUCACUUCGUACCGCAGUGUAUUUUGGCUUCCUUGCGCUGAGACUUUUUUCAUGUGUUGAGUUGAUUAAAAAGCAACUGGAGUAGACAUGCUUUAGAAUUGCUUUUAUUAUUUGGAAUUUUAGAAUGUUGGCUUUUCCCAGAGACUGUUGGGGUUUUCAAAGGCUGAAUGUUUUUCUCUCAAAUGUAAAUAAAAGCUGAAACGUUUUCCCUACA